AUGGAAGAUACUCAUAUGGCAUACGGCAACGGCGCAGGAACCCUCUUCCGAAUCUACGCAACGGAAAAUAUUAUCGAAUUAACUGGGUCGCUUCCUGCAACUGAAGUUUUGCGCCAGGAAAUACGAUUGUUUCUAAUGCUCGGGGGCGCCUGGGACGCCCAGAUAAUUGAAUCCGCCACACUAGCUGGUGGUAAAAACAUUAAUUUCGAAGAGAAAAUAGAUUUCGUCCCUAUCAAAAACUUCGACCCGAAUUAUUAUCAACACGACAUGAGUGUCGCGCGUCCGCGGCUAGCCGGUCUUCCACUCAACGAUCCAGCAUUGGCCAACGGCGAAUCCAGGAUGUUCUCCAAUGUUUUAGAGUGCGACAAGGAGGCUCGUGCCUACAUUGACAGCAUUGCCGAAUAUAUCGGGUGGGUGAAAACAUGGCCGUUAGUUGUACGCCCUGCGGAAGCCGCCAUUGCAGCUCGAGCCGUCGCUACGGCCCGCAAUAUUAUCAGUGACGCUAGAAAGGCUGCAUUGGAGGCUGAGAAAGUGGGCGACUUGGUAGCAGCAAGUGAAGCGUUAACAAUGGCUUAG